GGCGGAGUGCAGCGUCGAGCAGCUGCUGGACGACGAGGACUUCCUCAAGGAGUUCCAGUCCGGGCACGUGCGCCUGCGGGAGCACCUCUGCGGCCCCGCGGCGGCCUGUGCGCUCGUGCGGUGCGUCAGCGCGGACCCGCCCGAGGACUGGCCCGCCGAGGCGCGGCUGCGGCGGCCGUACGUGGCCGGGGAGGCGCUGGCCCUGGGCUGCGAGCAGCUGUGCGACGCGCUCGUGCGCGAAGACGCGCCCCUGGACCUCCUGUGGGGGUUCCUGGACGCGGACCCGGAGGGCCAGGGCGCCCCAGGCCCGGCGCUGGCGGGCUACUUCGCCGGCUGCGCCGCCGCGCUCGUGGCGCGGCGGCCCCAGCAGGUCGCGGACCACCUGCGCCGGCGGGGCCCGGACCUGCUGUUCGAUCGGCUGCUGGCCUGGCUGGGGCACCGCUCCGCGGCCGAGCUGCUGGCGGCGCUGCUCUGCGCGGAGAGGACCCCGCCCGCGCCGUCUUCCCCGCCCCUGGGCUCGUCCAGCGCCUGGUCGGCUGCUUGGAAGGCGACGCGGCCCGCCUCCCGCAUCUCGCUCUCGUGGUGGACGCGCUGGUGGCGAGGGCCUGCCGCGGCGACAUCUGCGACGCCGAGGUCUUCCUCGACGAGCUCGCGGCGCCCGCCGCCGUGGGCGCUCUCGUCGCGCACGCGCUCGGCGGGCGCGGCGGCGGAGGCGGGGCGACUGCCUCCCAGGCCGCCGCCGACAUCCUGUCCAGCGCCGUGGCCCACCUCCACGCGCUGA